AUGAUAAAUACAUUAGAAAGUUUGGCAAAUGAAAUUCUUCUUAAUAUAUUAUCGAAUUUAACAUGGUUUGAAAUGAUAGAAUCAUUUUGGUCAAUUAAUAAACGAUUUAAUUCUCUUGUUUGUUCAAUAUUUUCAAUAAAUUAUGAUAGAAAUAAAAGUGGAAUUAUUAUUAGUGAAACAGAUUUAUCUUUAAAUAAAUAUCAGUCAAUAUUAUUGUCAAUAAUUUCUAAUUCAACUCUUUCUAUUUCUAUACAACGAAUUUAUAUUGAUGGAGCAAAAUCAGUUUUUUUUGAUCUUAUAUCUAAAUGGAUUUUUCAAGAAAAUCUUAUUUGUUUUAUUAAUUUGAAAUCACUUAUUCUAACUCGAUGUUAUCUAUCAGAAAUCUUAAUUAAUAAUUUAUCUUUACUUAUUCAAUAUCAAUUAGAUGAAUUAAUCUUAACAAUUGAUGAAGAUAGUCUUGAAAUGUUUUACUAUGAAUACGAAUCUGGCAAGAAUGGUUGUGAUCAAGUUAAAAAAUUGACAAUCAUGUGUCAAGGAUUCAUACGUCAACUUUUUUCAUCUAAAUGUCAAUUAACCUCUCUUCGACUUAAUAUUUCACAAGACAAUUCUCUUUUUCAAAUACACGACUGUCUUUCUUCAUCAUUUUCUCAUACUUAUUCAAAUCAAAUCGACAAUCAACUUGUUACUAAUUGUAUGACUCUUCGUCGUUUACACAUUCAUGUUAUUUAUGGUUAUUUUAUCGAAGAUAUUAUUGAACAUGUACCUGCUCUUGAAAUUCUAUCAGUUAUAAUCCGAGAUACAUUGGCUAGACAAUCGUUAUAUCCGGUGACGGUUAAAACAUUUACGCCAACUAUUGUCAAUUGGUAUGAUAAGAUUCCAAAACUAAAAUGUUUUACUUUAAAAAGUAACAUUUUUCAUGAUUCGGAGUUUGUAUAUUUAAAAUGGAUUCUUAAUAAUGUUAAUUAUGUUGAAAAAUUAAAACUUCGACUCUAUAUAAAUUUAACAUAUCAAGAAGAUUUAAUGAAAAGACAUUGUUUUAUUGAUGCCAAUUUUAUUAAUGAAUAUUGUAUGCCCGAUAUAUCGAGAAAUUUAAUUAUUUUUAAUUUUUAUAUUCUAUUCAAAUGUGAAUUACUAUCGGAUAAUAAUAUUCAAAUAAUAGAAAAUUCAUUUAAAAUUCAUCAAUUUUUUAUUGAUCAUCAUUGGAUAAAGGUGAAAUGUUUCUUUGAUCCAAUAAUGUCAUAUCAAUAUAUAUCAUCAACUGGAAUGAUCAAACCGAAAUUCUUUGAUAGUAUUAAAUAUUAUUCAAAUAUUUUCGAUUGGCAACAUAUGAAAUCUUUAAAGGUUAAUUUAUGUCCAUCGAUUGAUUUAUUUCUCAAACAAUUUGAUAUUCUAUUUCCUCAUAUAACUUCUAUUCAAUUUAAUAUGGAAUAUUUAUUUACAUGUGCUAUUGGUUUUAGUGCAGUUAUAUUUGCAUUAAAAGUUAUAACAACACAUUAUACACCUGAUUAUAGUUCAAAUUCAUUAUUUGGUUUUAUUCCAGUAUCAACAAAAUAUAUUGUAUGGGUUGAACUUAUUGUUAUACAAUUAAUUACACCUAAUGUUUCAUUUCUUGGUCAUUUAGCGGGAAUUUUAGUUGGUCUUUUGUAUACAAAUGGUCCAUUACGAUAUAUUUGCAAUAACAUAUAUAAUCUCAUGUUUUAA